AUGAUUCGACGUAUAAUAUCAAAUAAUGCAUGUUUUUCUUUUCAACAAACAUCAAAUCUCUUAUCAUUAUUUAAGAAACGAAUAAUUUUACAUACAUAUUAUCAUAGUGAUUCAAUUGACGGAGGUUUUUCAGAAGAAACAACAUUUGAUGAACAACGUCUUUCUUCACAAGAAGCAUCAGGAAUAUUACGAGCACAUGAAGCUAGUAUUGAUCUUGAAGCCAAUUGUCCAGUAAAAUAUUAUGAAGUUAAUUAUCUCGGUGCUAAUAAUCCACCGGAGGAUCGACAAGCUCAAGCUCGUAUGCGUUCAACUGAUUCAAAUAUGUAUCUAUUUGGUGUAUUUGAUGGACAUGGUGGUCCAUGGUGUUCAGAUGUUGUUGGUCAACGUCUAUUUGAAUAUAUUGCUGUAACAUUACAUCCACCAAAUGAUUUACAAAGAAUAAUGCAAGAAGGUAAACGAUUAAUAAGUAGUCAUCCAACACAUACUCAUAGUCAUGAUAAAACAUCAUUAAAUACUAUAACAUCAUUACUUCUUCAUUCAUAUUAUAAUCCAUAUAAAGAUACACGAAAUUCAAAAAUUAAAGAAAUUCAUCAAUUAAAUUUAUUAAAACAUAUUGAAGAUCUUUAUACAACAAUUGAUCAUGAUAAUACGGAUAUUGUUGCUGCAUUAGAAAGUGCAUUUAUUAAAUUAGAUCGUGAUAUAUGUGCUGAAGCAAUACCUAUUGAUACACAUCAUGUUGAUGAAGAUUUAUUACAAAUUUGUACAGCCGGUUCAUGUGCAUGUGUUGCUCUAGUUAAAGAUGAUGAUCUUUAUAUUGCUAAUUGUGGUGAUGCACGAGCUAUACUUGGUAGUAUUGAUGAUGAAGGCAAUCAAACAGUUAUUCAUCUUUCUCAAGAUCAUAAUAUACGUAAUCAAGCUGAAGUUAAACGAGUUUUAAGUGAACAUCCAAUAAAUGAAUCGAAUUCAUUAAUACGUAGUGAUCGUUUACUUGGUUUAUUAAUGCCAUUUCGUGCAUUUGGUGAUAUACGUUUUAAAUGGCCAGCUAAUUAUCUUCGUGAAUAUUUACAACCAUAUUAUAAAAAAGGUGAUGCUAUACCACAAUAUUAUUUAACACCACCAUAUUUAACUGUUCGACCAGAAAUUUCAAAACAUAAAUUAACAAAAAAAGAUAAAUUUCUUGUCUUAGCUACAGAUGGUGUUUGGGAUUUAUUAUCAUCUGAAAGAGUUGUACAACUUAUAUUUAAUCAUCAAAAAGGUAUACAAAGUUUUGAUCGAUUUGUAUUACAUAAAACUGGUAGUACAACAAUACUUAAAUUAAAAGAAAUUAAUGAAUUAUUACUUGCACGACAACAAGCUAUUAAAAAUCAACCAAUUGAUCAAAAUUCAGCAACACAUUUAAUACGUCAUGCACUUGCAUAUACAUCAAAAGGACAAUUUGAUAGUAAACUUUUAUCUGAUGUAUUAACAUUUCCUAAUCCACGUUCAAUACGUGAUGAUAUAACAAUAACUGUUGUGUAUUUUGAUCAAGAUUAUAUUGAUCAUAUACAAACAAAAGAAAAGACAAAAUAA